GAUGUUUCUGAAAUAAAUGGAACUGUAAAUGGCAUUUUGUUUCAGAAAAAGGGGGGUGAGAGACAGAUUUUAAUGUAUGCUAGUGUUUUGCUAGACAAUACAGAAAAAAGACACCCAGCUUGCAUCCAACUCGCAGCAGGAUUAGCAAAAAUCAUCCAAAAAACAGCUCACAUUGUAAUGGGUCAUCCUUUAAACAUCCUCACUUCCCACAAUGUAGUAGCGUAUGUCAACUCACAGAUUUUCACCAUGACAUCACUGAGACAACAGAGAAUGAGUAAAAUAUUAGGGGCUCCUAAUUUACUAUUCUCACAUGAAGGAAUAAACAAAGCAGACAGAAUGACAGCAGGACCAACACAUGACUGUGUGAGAAAAGUGCAGACAGAAGAAAAAAUCAGGCCAGAUUUAGAGACAGAACACAUACCAGGCUCAGAAGUGUUGUACACAGACGGUUGCUGCUUCUGGAUGGAAGAUGGUAACUUAAAAUCAGGAUAUGCAGUGGUGAGACAGGAAGGUCAAAGGUUUGAGAUUUUGUGGUCAGGACAGCUAGAAGGACAACAGUCAGCUCAGAAGGCAGAAAUUCAGGCAGUGGUAGAAGCUUUAAAGGUAGGAGCAGGAAAAGAGAUUACUCUGUACACAGAUUCAGCUUAUGCUUAUGGUGCAGUUCAUGUCCAGUUACCUCAGUGGAAAAGAGCACGGUUCUUGACAGCAGGACAGAWACCCAUUAAACAUGAGAAGUUGAUGAAAGAGUUGGCCGAGAGUUUGUUACUUCCAAAGAAGGUGGCAAUGGUGACGUGCAAAGGUCAUGACAUGAUUGGGUCAGAAACAGUAGAAGGAAACAGGCAGGCAGACAGAGCAGCAAAAGAUGCAGCAGGAUACACAGGAGCUAGACAGAUGGUGACAGUGGAGGAAGAGUGCCAGCAGGACAGUUACUGGGGGGAGCAGAAGUCCAGAGAGCACAAGAGAAGGCCUCUACAGAGGAAAAGUCAUUAUGGAAGAGAAAAGGGGGUCUGAUAGAUGAAGAGGAUGGCUUGUGGAAGGGACCACAGAAUAGAUGGGUUUUGCCAAUGACACUGAGAGAAAAAGCUUUUCAGGAAGCUCAUGGUUUGGGACAUGUAGGGAUCAGAUAGAUGGAGAAAAUCUUAAACAAUGGUGGCACUUUCACAUGAAAGACAUGAUAGCUAAUCAUGUAGCUAUUUGUGAUAUUUGUACCACUUACAAAGCCAGACCAGUAAUCAAACCAGAAUUGAGAUCCUUUCCUUUGCUUUUCAGACCAUGGCAGGAAAUAAUCAUAGAUUACACAGACAUGGGAGAGUCAGUCAGAGGGCACAAGUAUAUAUUGAUGUGUGUUGACGCCUUUACAGGAUGGCCAGAGGCCUUACCUGCAAAAAGAGAAGACAGCAAAACAGUUGUAAAGUUCUU